UUGUCUCUUUUCUCUGUCAGUGCUGUGGGUACAUUUGCUCGAGCUCUGGAUUGUAGCAGUUCUGUCAGACAACCGAGUUUACACAUGAGUGCUGCAGCUGCUUCAAGGGACAUUACCCUGUUCCAUGCAAUGGAUACGUUGCACAAGCACAACUAUGAUUUGACAAAUGCAAUCAGCAUCUUGGUACCUCAGGGUGGUCCUGUUCUCUGCAGAGAUGAGAUGGAAGAAUGGUCAGCAUCUGAAGCUAGCCUUUUUGAAGAGGCAUUGGAAAAGUAUGGCAAGGAUUUUAAUGACAUACGACAAGACUUUCUACCGUGGAAAUCACUCACUAGCAUCAUAGAGUACUAUUACAUGUGGAAAACAACAGAUAGAUAUGUGCAACAGAAACGUCUUAAGGCUGCUGAGGCAGAGAGCAAAUUGAAACAGGUGUACAUCCCAACAUAGUAAGUGCUUGUAAACCAUCCU